AUGUGGAUGCCACUCCCUGAGAUUGACGUUGAUGUGCCCAUGAGCAGCAGCAGCAGCGGCGGCAGCAGCAGGGGCAGCGCCAGAAGGGGUGCUGCCACCACCACCAGCGGCGCAUCGGGCGCCGGCAUGGACAGGCGGGCAGACGCGGCCGCGGCCGCCGGCGGACGGCCAGGCAGCGCCCCCCUCGCAAGCAGCAGCAACGCCCCCAGCAGCAGCAGCGCCGGCGGCGGCAGCGGCGUGACAGGCGACGCCGCGCCCCGCGGCCACGGCGGCCGCGACGCCUCGCUGCUGUCCCUGGAGGAGCAGGAGCGGGAGCUGCAGGCGGUCUCCACCGCGCUGCCCCGCACGGAGGCGCGCCUGGAGACGCUCGCGCUGUGGGUUGGCGCGGCCGUCGCGUUUGGCGGCGGCGUCUGGCACUUCCUCGGCCCCGAGAAGGGCCAGGAGUUUUUCGCUGGUUACCUGCUGGAGCAGUCGCUGUCCAUCGACAACCUGUUCGUGUUCGUCCUCGUCUUCAACUACUUCAAGACCCCGCCCUCGGUGCAGCCCAAGGUGCUCAGCUACGGCAUCGCCACGGCCGCGGUGCUGCGCCUGGUUAUGAUCCUGGCCGGGACCGAGCUUGUGGAGCACUUUGAGCCGGCGCUGCUGCUGUUCGCGGUUGUGCUGCUGUGGAGUGCGUACGGGCUGCUGGUCGGGGGCGACGAGGGCGAGGAGGACCUGAGUGACAACAAGAUCGUGAAGCUCUGCAGGAAGCUGCUGCCCGUCUCAGACCACUACGACGGCGACAAGUUCUUCACCACCGCGCCGCCGCCCUCGCCGGGCGCCGCCGCGGUCCGCGUCGCGACGCCGCUCCUGCUGACCCUGGCCGUCAUCGAGAUAUCCGAUGUCGUGUUCGCCGUCGACUCGAUCCCCGCUGUCUUCGGCGUCACGCUCGACCCCUUCAUCGUCUACACCUCAAACCUCUUUGCCAUCAUGAGCCUGCGGUCCCUCUACGCGUUCGUGUCCACGGUCAUGACCGAGAUGCGGUUUUUGGACAAGGCCGUCGCGCUGGUGCUCGCCUUCAUCGGCGGCAAGAUGAUCGCCGAGUUUGGCGGCGUGGCGGUGCCGACGGACGUGAGCCUGCUGGUGGUGGGCGGCGUGCUCGGCGGCGGCGUCGCGGCGAGCUUCGCGCUGCCCGAGGCGAAGGAGGAGGCGCGGUGA